CAAUUGUGACACAUUGCAGAAGUACACAUUUCAGCACGGCAUACAGAAAAACGUGUAGAUAUUUGUUUGUACAGCAUAACGAUUAUGGCGACUUUGUAAGUAUUAAUUUAGGUCGUUGUAGAGGUGAACUAUUGCUGUUCAAACCGUGAUUAGGGAUUACUUGUUUCGUUAUCAUUACUUGAGCAAAUGUAGCUAGCUAAUUUACUAAUGCUUGAUCUCCUGUCCUGAUCACAUGUUAGCAAAACUAGCUAGCUAGCUAACUUCUACCAAAAAGCAAAUUUACUGAGCAACAGGACGUUUGAAGUAUAGUAGGCUGUCAAAUAUUAAGUCAAAGGUUAGCAAUGUUUACUUUUUUAAAAUGAGAUGUGAAGACUAACGUUAUAAGUAAAAGUCCAGGCUGCCAUUACACUGCAACUAGUCUUUAGCAGCUGUAGUUAGCUAACGUUAGCUUGCAUCUGCCUCCCACUCAAGAAAUCAGAAGAGGAGAAUUGACAGCCAUAUUUUCUAAAUCAAAGCUCAUAGCCCUCGAGAUAUGAUGUCUAAAGUCAAGCCAGAGAAAACAGACUCUGCUGCUUCUUCUAAAACGCCAGAAUCCAGUCAGGACCAAAAGAAAAAGAAACCUGUAAAGAAAAAGUUUUUUGAACACGCCAAGAAACAACCAGUGGCAAAAGAUCAAGGUAAAACGAAGGCCUUGCUUCCGCCGAAAGAUGCCCAACAGUUUUCAGCCAACUGGAAAACUUUACUAGAGGUAAGGACUGGGUUAUGACAAGUCAGAAAUGUUGUGAUAAAGAUUUUGAAUAGAUGAUACAGACCUGAAGGCAUUGUUGCCAAUGUCAUCACUGUCUAAAAUGGGAUGAUAUGAUGCUAUUGAUGGUUAUUAGAGCUCUCUCUACUUGCAGGUGUUCAAAUCCAACCCCCUGCCAGUAAAAAAUAAACCAGUUCAGCAGAACUCAAAGAAGGAAGUCCCUAAGAAAGCCACUAAAGACAUUUCAAAAAAGGACAAGACUCAUAAGAAACCUGCUAAAGACAUUUCAAAGAAGGAAGAGGGGGUGGUGGAUAAGAAGCCUGCGAAAGACUUUUCAAAGACAGCGAGUGAUGCCAAGGCAGCCAAGCCCAUGCAGGUGAACAGUGGGAAAGCAGGGAAGGGCAGUGCCAUUCCCAAUAAAUCCCAGGUGAAUGGAAAAGGUCCAGGACCAUCGGGGAGUGAACAGCCCAAAGCCAAGAAGAGGAAACAGAACAGUGCCCAGGUGGAGGGUAACGCACAGAUGAACAAGAAGAAGAAAAUAGAGGAAGUGGAGGAAAAGAAACCCACUGAGUAAGUCUGUCCAGUGUUACCAAUAUUGUUCAUAAGCUAAAUAUCUGACAGGUGUGUGUAACUAUUGAGAUUUUGACUUCAAGAACCUCUCACUGUUGUGAAAAGCAUGUGCACGGUCUGUGUGUUAAGUCAUUUCUAUAGUCAGUUGUCAAACUUGAGUACAAACCGAAGGUCAGAUUAUCACAUUAUUUCCACUGGCACCUCAGUUUUGGUUAAUGUGUGUGGGGGUUAAUACAUAUAAUCUGUCCUCUACUAGAUCGGACAUGUGGUUUGAUGAUGUGGACCCUGAUGACAUUGAGGCCACAGUGGGAACAGAGGCAGCAGAUAUCAUGAGGAAGAUACAAGGCACUCGGAAGACAGAUGCCCAGACCACAGAGAAGGCGCUGGUCAAGGACAGGGGGUUUGAAGGGUAAGUUAGAGGACACCAGCAGCUCCUAAUAGUAAGGUCUACAGUGGUUUGCGAAAGUAUUCACCCCCCUUGGCAUUUUUCCUAUUUUGUUGCCUUACAACCUGGAAUUAAAAUUGAUUUUGGGGGGGUUUGUAUAAUUUGAUUUACACAACAUGCCUACCACUUUGAAGAUGCUAAAUAUUUUUUGGGGUGAAACAAACAAGAAAUAAGACCAAAAAAAAACAGAACUUGAGCGUGCAUAACUAUUCACCCCUCCCAAUGUCCAUACUUUGUAGAGCCACCUUUUGCAGCAAUUACAGCUGCAAGUCUCUUGGGGUAUGUCUCUAUAAGCUUGGUACAUCUAGCCACUGGGAUUUUUCCCAUUCUUCAAGGCAAAACUGCUCGAGCUCCUUAAAGUUGGAUGGGUUCCGCUGGUGUACAGCAAUCUUUAAGUCAUACCACAGAUUCUCAAUUGGAUUGAGGUCUGGGCUUUGACUAGGCCAUUCCAAGACAUUUAAAUGUUUCCCUUUAAACCACUCGAGUGUUGCUUUAGCAGUAUGCUUAGGGCCAUUGUCCUGCUGGAAGGUGAACCUCCGUCCCAGUCUCAAAUCUCAGGAAGACUGAAACAGGUUUACCUCAAGAAUUUCCCUGUAUUUAGCGCCAUCCAUCAUUCCUUCAAUUCUGACCAGUUUCCCAGAUUAAAAACAUCCCCACAGCAUGCUGCCACCACCACCAAGUUGCACUGAAGGGAUGGUGUUCUCGGGGUGAUGAGAGGUGUUGGGUUUGUGCCAUUCCUUGAUGGCCAAAAAGCUCAAUUUUAGUCUCAUCUGACCAGAGUACCUUCUUCCAUAUGUUUGGGGAGUCUCCCACAUGGCUUUUGGCGAACACUUGUUUUUUUCUUUAAGCAAUGGCUUUUUUCUGGCCACUCUUCCAUAAAGCCCAGCUCUGUGGAGUGUACGGCUUAAAGUGGUCCUAUGGACAGAGACUCCAAUCUCCGCUGUGGAGCUUUGCAGCUCCUUCAGGGUUAUCUUUGGUCUCUUUGUUGCCUCUGAUUAAUGCCCUCCUUGCCUGGUCCGUCAGUUUUGGUGGGCGGCCCUCUCCUGGCAGGUUUGUUGUGGUGCCAUAUUCUUUACAUUUUUUAAUAAUGGAUUUAAUGGUGCUCCGUGGGAUGUUCACAACUUUGUCCCUGACCUGUUUGGCGAGCUCCUUGGUCUUCAUGGUGCCGCUUGCUUGGUGGUGCCCCUUGCUUAGUGGUGUUGCAGAAUCUGGGGCCUUUCAGAACAGGUGUGUAUAUAUACUGAGAUCAUGUGAUAGAUCAUGUGACACUUAGAUUGCACACAGGUGGACUUUAUUUAACUAAUUAUGUGACUUCUGAAGGUAAUUGGUUGCACCAGAUCUUAUUCAGGGACUUCAUAGCAAAGGGGGUGAAUACAUAUGCACGCACCACUUUUCCGUUGGAAAAAGUGAGUUGAGUUGGAAAAGUAGCGCUUUCUAUCAAAUAUUAUAUGGACAGAUCCUAGAUUAGCAGUCCUACUCUGAGACACUUUGUGGAUACGGGCCCUGAGCUUACUUCGCCAUAAGUACAGAGCAGAACAUUGUUGGCUCUCUUCAGUCUCUUGAAUGAAAUGAUUUCUCUGGUGUGACCAAGGCUUUUUCUCUCCCUGUUCAUCAUGGCACCUGUCAGCCUAACCAAGGCGGUAGCUAUGGACUGUGAAAUGGUGGGUGUGGGGCCAGACGGAGAGGACAGCAUCGUAGCCCGGGUCUCCCUUGUCAACCAGUUUGGGAAGUGCAUCUACGACAAACACGUCAAGCCCACAGAGAAGGUGACGGACUACAGGACAGCUGUCAGCGGCAUCCGGCCAGACAACAUCAAAAACGGUGAGCGGGAUCAGCCAAACUCAGACCUCUUUUAACACUAUAUUCAUGUUCUUAUGAUAGCAUUGGAAACGGCAACAAAGCUCACUAAAGCCCAAAACAGUUGUCUUCUUUUUGGACUAGAUUGUCUGCGCAGUUUUCAAAUGUGACUUUUGUCUCAUCAAUGCUGUUAUAUGCUGCAGGUGAGAAUGUGAAGACUGUACAGAAAGAGGUGGCUGAGAUCCUCCAGGGGAGAACGCUAGUGGGACACGCCAUUCACAAUGACCUUAAGGUACACUUCUAUGAUAUAACCUACACUAACUAAAACCUGACUUGACUUGAGAUCAUUGUCAACAUUUACAUAAACUUUCCAUGCUGAAAUCUUUCAGAUUUUGCUCUUGGAUCACCCCAAAAAGAGAAUCAGAGACACCCAGAAGUAUAAACCUUUCAAGAAAAUUGUGAAGGUAAAGACUGUUUUUUGGGGGGCAGGUAUUAAUGUGUGAGACAGAAGGGGUUCUAAUAAUACUAUAAGAGGGAGAUAUGAACAAUGUUCUUUUCUUUUCAGAGUGGUCGGCCCUCUCUGAAACUCCUGUGUAGAGAAAUACUUAACGUCAAAGUACAGCAGGGAGAACAUUCAUCCGUAAAUCAGCUUUUUAUCAAUCUUUUUUUAUUUUCUAGCUCACAAAUAUACAGUAGUCUUCUGUGAGCCAUAGCCAAUGUCUGAGAAUGUGUUGCAGGUCGAAGACGCCCAGGCGACCAUGAGAUUGUACACAAUGGCGAAGAAACAUUGGGAGGCAGAGAUCAAGGCUAGUCAUAACAACCCAGACUUAACCAAGAAGACCAAAGAACCAAGGAAGCCCAAAUCACCAAAACGCAAAUGAACCUGACUGACUGGUUCCGAAGUCUUAACUGCAUCAGUCUGUAAUGGGACUGUGGACUAACUAUUGACUAGGUGGCACAGAACAGGAGGAUUGACUGAAUUAACAAGUGUCUUUGGGAAGUGGAGUGGACUCGCACAUAUAGAGGUCUUAGUGAAGAGUCAUUUUAGGAAUCUCUUUCGGUGACCCACAAAGAAGUUUGUUCAAAUGAAUAUUGACUUUAUUCAAAUCCCACUCAACCUAAAUCAUUCAGAAAGUUUGU